UUAAAUGACAGCAAUAAUUCAACAAUUAAUUAAAUGUUCAAAAAUAGAUUUACCGAAAAUCUACGACAAAUGUCAACGAUAUUUGUGUCAACUAUUGUUAGUACUGAUAUUCUGGUCAAUUGUUUGGUCAAUCUAUGGCCAGCCGGCACUACCGCCAAACGGUCAUCUCUAUCAUCUGAUCCUAUUGUUUACACUGUCGUGCAUUUGUGGCAAACUAUGUAAACUAGUGGCCUGUCCGCCACUAUUUGGUUCUUUAAUCGUCGGGUUUCUCUAUGGCAACCUAUUGUCGGUUGAAUUGGACAAUCAGUUAUGUUCGGUACUUCGGUCGGCAUCACUGGUAUCGGUUCUACUUGAAGCUGGUCUUGAAUUGGAUCCGAAAGUGAUUCGUAAGUUAAGUUUUGUAGCCCUGAGGAUGGCAUUCGUACCGAUGAUGGUCGAAGUAGUGGCCAUUACAUUUGCUACCUACUGGUUGAUCCAAUUCCCGAUUAAAUGGGGGUUUCUGUUGGGUUUUGUAUUGGCUGCCGCGUCGCCGGCCAUUGUAGUGCCCGGUAUGUUGAAUCUACAGAAACGCCAGCUGGGCGUCGACAAAGGUAUACCUACACUAGUGAUAGCAGCGGCCAGUAUUGACGAUAUAUUGGCCAUCACCGGGUUUAGUAUAUGUUUGGGACAGGUGUUUACCAGUAAUGAGUCGCUGGCCUGGACUGUACUCAAGGGACCGGUCGAGGCAGUGGCCGGAGCUUUGAUAGCGUCGGCGAUCGGCGUUUUGUUGUGGUAUAUCCCCAAUAAGGACGAGUCAAAACUUGAACGUAUUAUCCUAUUGAUAAUGUCGGGUGUGGCGGCCAUGUUUGUCAGCCAAUCGCUUGGUCUCGAAAGUUUCGGUACUAUUGCCUGCAUUACACUGGCAUUUGUGGCGGCAUUGAAAUGGCGCGAUACUGGCCGCGAUCGCCCAGUGCUGGCCACAUUAAAAGUAUCGUGGUCAGUGUUUGAACCAUUGCUGUUUGCACUGAUCGGCUAUCAGGUCAAGAUAGCCGACCUACAGUCCAAUGCCAUCGGAUUGGCAGUAUUGGCACUGAUCAUUGCACUGGUAUUGCGUACCGUAUCGUCGAUGUUGGUCAUCAUUGGUGCCAAUCUUAAUCUGAAAGAAAAAAUCUAUGUAUCCAUUGCAUGGACACCGAAAGCUACUGUUCAGGCAGCUAUCGGUUCAGUGGCACUGGAUUUGGCCCGACAACGAGGCAAUGAUCCCCAACUCAUAGAGUUUGGUACGUUUGUAUUGACUGUAUCCGUACUGUCCAUAUUGAUUACGGCACCGUUAGGUGCCAUUUGGAUAUCUUUUAUGGGCUCUCGGUGUCUGAAAGUAGCCGUUCCCUCAGCGGUUGUCGAAAGUAUUGAGAUUCAUGAUAGAGGAGAUGUUGUUGUUGUUUCCGCUGCCGUCGGCGGCGGCGCAACUGUUUCUGACCAAACGGUUGAUUUAAAAACCCAAUAAAUCCUACAAACAAACAAAAAAUCUGUAUAACUAUUGAUUAACUUUAGCUGAUUAUUAUUAUUAGUAUAAAUAUCUGU